CCUCAUUGACCCUGCCCCGGCUUAGUGCUGUGAAACUUGCCUCCAGCUUCACCGUUGCUAACAUCCUCUUCUGUUUGAUUUCUCAUACAGCUGGGAGGCCUGCUCCAUUUUCCCAUGACGCUACGGCCCGGUCCCCUAUCUUGAUGACCGCUUCUAUCCUCCUGACUGGUUGACUGCGAGUGAAGCCACGGUGAAGCCACGAGAUUGAGUCCACAAACCCUCCUCUACGGCCGUCUCUAUCCCUUCGUGGCAGUGUCCUUCUUGAUCCGAAGCUGUAUAUGACAUCUGUGAACCACCGUCGUCUUUAAGAAGCAUGCUUUCCUCGCCGCGACCAAAGUUGCUUUCCUCUCCUCAGGCUUCAUCCAUCCGACAACUUGACCAGAAGGCUGAGCCCACGGUCUGAGACCUCAUCCUCCUUCCUGUGAAGACUCCUGACUUGGCUGCGAAGCACCAUAAUCCCCCCGAAGCGAAGAAGAGAAAAGUACUUGAACCUGCGCUGUCCGUCGAGCCACGGCCUGUCGACCACCAAACCUCACUUGAUUUGGCCAACUCGCCUUUCGCAAUGGCUGAUGGACUGAACGAAGCUCGCGCAAUGCGCGUCAUGGAGAUCAUGAACGACUUUCGGACGUUGCAAAUUCACAUCAACUCGCUCAUCACGCGUAGCGAGGCCAAUCCUCCUGACCAGGAAUCAUACUACCUCGAUGGCUACGUGGUCCUCAGACAGUGUGCCGCUGAAUCGCAGGCGGUUCUGGCUGGGCACUUCAAUCCGGGCAACCUUGGACUCCAAUCUGGCAGCAUCCCCGAGACCGAAGUGCAGAAGGCGUCUCUACAACGAAUUAUCCUUGAUGCCUCUACAAGAAGGUUUCAGGCUCACAAGAUCUAUCUGCGAGGCUCCGCUGCGAUGCGAUGGGUGCAGCUGCGCACCCAAUUGUUGCGCGGCGAGAAACCAGGCGCCAAACACGCCAACGGCCUGCGAUCAAUUGAUCAGAGACUUCGCCAGGAACUCAGCGAAAUCACGGAUGACCAUGUUUACCGUGAUCUUCGCAAUGCAGACCGACGAAAGGGCUAUUGGCUUGACGAAGACCCGGUCCUGGAACGCAUGCUGGGAUGGAUUCGGAUGCAGAGGUGAACGGGGGGUUCAACUCAGUUGCUAGCCUCUGGUGUCUCGGGCUAUCCAGAAGUCUUCCUCGGCCUGCGUUUCUGUUCCAACCUGAGUCUACCUUGAAACCUAAUACCCUCGUCUAAUACUUGCGUCAUUGUCGAUCGAUGGCCUUCUCCUUUCUGAGCGCUGGGCGUGACCUUACCAGGCAGUGCAAGCACUGCGAUCUGCGUCAUAAUUAAGAGGGGGUGGUGGGAAAGAAUUGGUGGCGGCUGGACUGCCAAGUGGGCAAGUCGGGAUCAAGUGAGUCUGGCACUCGCGUCGUGGCUGAGGUCCAGACUCCAAAAGCAGGAUUAAUAUUUUCAUUUUGGUUCUCGUUGGUCUCUGGGAUAGAGGGCGAGCGAUCUAAGCGGCCAUUUGGUACUUUGUGCCUUUGCCCUCGUUUGAUUUUACGAUGGCUGCAUGACGCUACGGAUGGGCAUGGAAUUACGAGAAAACAUUUUCCAGGGAUCGGGAGAUAGGGACUGGGAUAUAGAGGACUCACAGAACACAAGGCCACCAGUUUGGGGAUGUGCUGUGACUUGGAGCGAGGCAAGAACAACCGAACUCGGGAACGUGGUGGAGUGAAUGUGAUUUGGAUGUUCCCAAUGGGAUGCUUCAUGUGC